AUGUCUCAGCUACCCGCACCUCAUGCGGCCGCCCAGGAACCCGAACCGCCUGCGGUGAGCCCGGAACGCCAACUGCCUCCGGUCACCCAGGAGCCUGAGCCGCCUGCGAUUGCUCUUGACCAACAACUCGUCGCUGCCCAUCAAGAUGACGAUAGUGAGAUUGAGACAAACAGUCUUCGGGAAUCAACUGCUUCCCUUAGUUCCAGCGUUCGCGAAUACCGAACGAUCAAGGGGCGAACGUACCAGACAUCCAACACGAUUGAUUACUGGGCCCCGAACGACGAUAAGCACAUUGAAACUUUUGAUGUUACCCAUCACUACACUUUGAUGAUCAUGGACGAUAACCUGUUCGAGGCUCCUGUUCCGGUUGAAAAGGGGAAUCUAAAAAUUCUCGAUGUCGGUACUGGAACGGGGAUUUGGGCCCUUGACGUCGCCGACGAGUUCCCGUCAUUUGAGGUCCUCGGAACGGACAUAUCUCCAGUGCAGCCAGGAUGGGUCCCGCCCAAUUGCUCCUUUCAGAUCGAUGACGCUCAACAGGAGUGGACAUUUAAAACAGACUUCUUUGAUAUGAUCCACGCCCGCAACCUGUACGGCGGCAUCGACGACUGGCAACGUCUUUAUGAUCAGGCGUUCACGCACUUGAAGCCUGGGGGUUGGUUUGAAAGCCAGGAGUUCGACAUUUGCGCUGGGUCUGAGGAUCCUAAAAUCCAGGCUGAUCCGGACCAUGUUUUCAAACAGUGGGCGCGUCUCUUCUGGGAAGCUGGUGAUAUCACUGGGCGCACGUUCCGUCAGGCCGAGGACAAGGGCCCGGAUGAAGAGAUCAUGAUGGUCAAGUGCAUGAGAAAUGCUGGAUUUGUGAACAUCGUUCACAAAAAGUGGAAGGUUCCUAUUGGCGGCUGGGCCAAGGACCAGCAUCUCAAGCAAGUUGGGUACUACAGUGGUCUUUUCAUGGACCAGUCGCUCGACGGAUGGGCGCUGAAGCCCCUCGGGGAGAUUCUGGGAUGGUCGUAUGAGGAAAUCUUGAUUCUCGUAAUGCACAUGCGUCAAGCUCUCAAGGAUCCGAAGCAGAUGCCUUACUUCAACUAUCACAUGGUUUACGGCCAGAAGCCUUAG